UAUGUAUGUGUGACUGAUGUGCAGGUUCAGAUAUUUCACGUAAAAAUUUAUUGCCACUUCAUCGGCGACGAAUGUUACAGAAGAGAUGAAAAUAAUUAUUUUGGAGUAUUUCUUCCUGAAGAUGCCUUCUCACGAGGACGAUCCUUACUCACAAGUUGCCAAAAGUUCCCUGAAGUUGAAGAACGAUGAAACUGUUAGUAAAAAAAAAAAGCGUAAGCAAGAGAAGAAGAAGAAGCUGGUGGAGGUGUCGAAAAUAGUUGAGGAGGAAGAGCAGCCUAAACACACAGUCCAGAGAACGAAAGCAGAAUUGGCUUUCCUAAAAAUGCAGGAGAAAAUGCAAACUGAGAGAAUUAAACAGAAAGCCUCAAAAACCCACAAACAGAGAGUCGAGGAGUUCAACAGACACCUGGACAGUCUCACCGAGCACUUCGACAUUCCCAAGGUCUCCUGGACGAAAUAACUUCAUGGAAUCACUACUCAAUUUUAUUACUAUAAAUUUAUUACAUUAAGCUAUCUAGAUAAUCAUAAAACAGUAGAAAUUAAUUUAAUUUGUCUUAGAUCUAAUAAUUCAUUGAAGAAUAAUCCACCUGCAGUUUCUCUCAAUAAAAAAAAUUGUACAUAUUCAACAAGCCGAGUAAAAUAUAUUCCAUAAUUUCUCAUGAGAUUCAUCGUUCGAGCAACAACUCUCAUUAAUAUAAUUACGAUUUAUCUAUUAUUGCUAAAAAUGGACGGAGUAGUUAUUUUAAUCACUAUAUCUUCAGAAAGAACCCACGAGGACGAUUAUUUCAAAUGUUUGAAACGUUCUCUGAUGAUAAUUUAAUCUGAUAAUCAUGGUAAUCAAAUAUUGAUUAUAUUUGUGUUUUGCAUUGGUAAAUUACGAUAAGUGUAUUUCACCUAGAGCCAAUUGCCGCUGGUUAUCUCGUAACCGAAGAGAGAUAGAGAAACUUUCAUAGGAAUCUUUUUUGUAGACCGAAGUGUGAGCUAAAAAAAAUAUUCCCAUAAAAAAUCCGUUAUCUCUGCUUAUUCUCCAGAUAUUCAUCGAUAAUUGGAAU